AUGUACUCCUCUUAUCCAAAAUCGACAUAUGAUAACUCAUUGAAAUCAUCGUCGUCGUGUCUUUACAGCAAGGUCCCUGAAGAGACUUGUGAUUAUUUCAAACCAUUUUCCCUUGGUAAUCAGACCCUUUACAACCAAAAUUGGUAUAUCAGUACACCAGCGGCGUCACCAACACCAUCCACAAAUUCGUUGUCAUUUGCUUCAGCUGAUUCAGCCGUUCAAUCCCGGCCUUCGCCACAACCAUCAUCAUCUUCAGUUCGUUCAUUUCGAUCUCGUUUCCAAUAUACAGCUGAUCAACUUUAUAAGUUGAAUCAAAUUUAUGAACAAACACAGUAUCCAAAUGCGGCACAGAAAGACAUUAUUGCUUCAACACUUGGUGUUACAUUAGAACAGAUUCGUGUAUGGUUUCAAAAUCGUCGACGAAAACAACCUCAGCAGCGUCAUACAAAAUUAUCGUCGCAUCAACCAACAUAUCAUGAACAAAGUGAAUUAGACCAAUUGAUAUUUCAAAUUGAUAAUGUUAGAAAUACACGGCAACGUUUACCAGCUAAAGUUAAAAUAGAAACAGAAGUGAAAUGA